CCCGGUCACCGCGGCAAUGAGCCCGCAGCCACGGCGCCCAACCUGGCCACCAACAGCACCACAUCGAGUGGCCAGAGCAGCCGCUCGUCCCCAGGUCCGGGCGGGUGGCUAGGAGAGAAGCGCGCAAGCGGCCUCUCCCGUAUUUCCGGCGCGGCCACGGCCAGCCGGAUGUAGAAAGCGCAGAGCCACCGAGCCGCAGAGCGGCCCGCGACGGCUGCGCAGGCGCCGCCAGUACAGGCGGGGCCGGAAGGAGAGACAGAGCGCCGCCAUGACAGGUUGGGCCUAAAGGGAACAGAAUGGGCCACUUGCCGGCUCUGCGACCGGAAAAAAACGAGGCAAGGACAGCCGAGUUGGGCGCCGCCAUGACAACUUGACCGGAAAAGGCGGAGCUCUCCUCCCGGACUGAUUUCCUACCCGCACCGGCCUGGAGAUGCAGGCAGCCCUGGAGGUCACGGCUCGCUACUGUGGCCGGGAGCUGGAGCAAUAUGGCCAGUGUGUAGCGGCCAAGCCUGAGUCAUGGCAGCGGGACUGUUACCACCUUAAGAUGAGUAUUGCUCAAUGCACAUCCUCCCACCCAAUCAUCCGUCAGAUCCGCCAGGCCUGUGCUGAACCUUUUGAGGCCUUUGAGGAGUGCCUUCGACAGAAUGAGGCAGCUGUGGGCAACUGUGCAGAGCACAUGCGCCGCUUCCUGCAGUGUGCUGAGCAGGUGCAGCCGCCGCGCUCACCCUCAACUGCGGAGGCAAAGCCACUUCCUACCUCCUGAGGACUCUGAACCAUGGAAAAACUGGACAUGAGUGACUGGCUCCUUGAUGCCCCCAGCCCUGAAGAGUGGCCAGGUGGAGUCCUGAGGGGCCUGGACCUGAGUCUGGCUUCUCUGGACAGCAGGACUCACAAUAAAUAAAGACUCUGUAUACCA